CUUCCGCAAGGCGGUAUAAACUGUUAGGCCUACCGCUUGCACAUGCGGUUUUGAUUCAUUGAGUCAGUCUCUUUAGUCAGUCUUGAGAAGUUUUGUGUCCCAACAAGCAUGGCUGAGAACGAUGUUGACAACGAGCUGCUCGACUAUGAAGACGACGAGGAGCAGCAGGUAGCCCCAGAGAGCGCCGCUCCUGCGGGCAAGAAGGAGGUGAAAGGCUCCUACGUUUCCAUCCACAGCUCCGGCUUCAGGGACUUCCUCCUCAAGCCCGAGCUGCUCCGGGCUAUCGUGGACUGCGGUUUUGAGCACCCGUCUGAAGUCCAACAUGAGUGUAUCCCUCAGGCCAUUCUGGGUAUGGAUAUAUUGUGCCAGGCUAAGUCUGGUAUGGGAAAAACAGCCGUGUUUGUUCUUGCUACACUGCAGCAGAUAGAGCCUGUAGAUGGACAGGUGUCAGUCCUUGUGAUGUGCCACACACGUGAGUUGGCUUUCCAGAUCAGCAAAGAGUACGAGCGCUUCUCCAAAUACAUGUCGAGCGUGAAGUGUGCCGUGUUCUUUGGCGGCCUCUCCAUCAAGAAGGACGAGGAGGUCCUCCGCAAGAACUGUCCCCACAUCGUGGUGGGCACACCUGGCCGUACCCUUGCCCUCAUUCGGAACAAGACCCUCAGUCUGAAGAAUGUCAAACACUUUGUCCUGGAUGAGUGUGACAAGAUGUUGGAGCAGCUGGACAUGAGGCGUGAUGUGCAGGAGAUUUUCCGGCUCACACCCCACGAGAAGCAGGUCAUGAUGUUCAGCGCUACACUAAGCAAGGAGAUCCGACCCGUCUGCCGCAAGUUCAUGCAGGACCCCAUGGAGGUGUUUGUGGAUGAUGAGACCAAGCUUACUCUGCAUGGCCUGCAGCAGUACUACUGCAAGCUGAAGGACAGCGAAAAAAACCGCAAGCUCUUCGACCUUCUGGAUGUGCUGGAGUUUAACCAGGUGGUGAUAUUUGUGAAGUCUGUGCAGCGCUGUAUGGCUCUUGCCCAGCUGCUGGUUGAGCAGAACUUCCCUGCCAUCGCCAUCCACAGCAGCAUGGUCCAGGCUGAAAGGCUGUCCCGGUACCAGCAGUUCAAAGACUUCCAGAGACGGAUACUGGUGGCCACCAAUCUGUUUGGUCGGGGGAUGGAUAUCGAGCGGGUCAACAUCGUGUUCAACUACGACAUGCCAGAGGACUCAGAUACUUAUCUGCACAGAGUGGCCCGUGCUGGCAGAUUUGGUACGAAGGGCUUGGCUGUUACCUUUGUGUCUGACGAGACUGACGCCAAGACGCUGAAUGAUGUGCAAGACCGUUUUGAAGUCAACGUUGCUGAGCUGCCAGAUGAGAUUGACAUCUCAUCAUACAUUGACCAGUCCAGAUGAGUUCUUACGUAUUGUGGAUAUGCUCCAGGCUCUCAGUCGCUCCCGUGUUUUGUGUUUUGUUUUUUUUUUUUUUUUUUUUUUUUUUUUUUUUUUUAAAAAUCAAGCUCAUUCUGUUCUACAGUUUUAACUUUAUUUGGUCUCCUAAUGCUUUUAUUUCUAAAUGUGCCAAUUGUGUUUCUUUGUCGUUGGAAUUAAAAGUUUUUAUACACCA